GUGCUAAAGUGGUAUAUUUGGAGGGUGCAAAGUGGAAUUAAGCCUUAUUUGAAAUAACCAAAAUAGAUCCCCAAUUGCGCCGUACACAAUCCACGCAACCAUGGAGGAAAACCCCCAAAUUCCAGAAGAACAGAGCACAGAAUCAUGGCCCCGACAAGCCUGGGCCCACCUUGAAUCCGUACGCGCCGCCGCUCCCCUCAUCCAGUGCAUCACAAACUUCGUCUCCAUGGAUCUCGUCGCCAACGUCCUUCUCUCCGCCGGCGCCUCGCCGGCGAUGAUACACUCCGUUGAAGAAAUCCCGGAAUUCACCCCCAAAAUCCACGCGCUCUACAUCAACGUGGGGACACUCACCCCGGACUGGCUACCGGCGAUGAAGAUGGCGGCGGAGGUGGCGAACCAGUGCAACAAGCCAUGGGUGCUUGACCCAGUCGCCGCCGGAGCUUCAAGUUUCCGUCUAAGGGCUUGUUUGGAUCUGCUGAAAUUGAAGCCCACCGUUGUCAGGGGAAAUGGUUCCGAGAUUAUGGCUCUCUUCAAGGGCUCUGUCGAUCAAACUUCAAAGGGUCCGGAUAGCACGCACGACUCAACCGGUGAUGAUGUCAUUGGAGCGGCGAAGUCGUUGUCCCGAUCCACCGGAAGUGUAGUAGCGGUAUCCGGAGCGGUCGACAUAGUCACGGACGGUGCUCGUGUGGUGGGGUCCGCAAACGGGGUCCCCAUGCUGCAAAAGAUAACGGCAACCGGAUGCUCCGUCACCGCCCUAAUAGCCGCCUUUGUAGCCGUCGACCCGUCACAUCCGUUGGAGGCCACUGCAACCGCAUUGUCCAUCUUCGGGCUUGCCGGAGAAGUGGGCAUGGGUCGGGCCCGUGGGCCGGGUUCGUUGCGGGCCGAGUUGAUCGAUGCCCUUCACGGGUUGGAUCGGGAUACCGUGCAUCGAAUGGUGAAAAUCGGGAAUGUGUAGUGAUUUACAAGUUAGUGUAUGAGUUUUAUUUAUAGAGAUUUUAUGAUGGGUUUAUUGCAAUUAGUACUAAUGUGUUAUGUGGAAUUGCUAACAAAUUACCCAUGU